UUAUCGUGUGCGCCGUUCGAUAGAUAUCAAAAUGAAACGCGACGAUGUGGAGCCCAUUGUCUCGUCCUCGCGGCAGCCCGCGGCCAGCAUCGUAGCGCCCCAAUCGCCAGAUACAUAUUCCAAUGGCUCCACAGCGCGGCAGGAGCAGGAGAAACGCGAGAUCGCCGGCGAUGAUCAGGAAGAUUUCGGCUACACGCAUACGCUGAUGUAUGGCCGUUAUUCUAGGGAUCUACAGCAAUUUGCAGGCGAUGAGGCACGAAGAUUGCGCAAGCUCGCCAAGUUGCGCAAACAGGAGGAUAAGCUCAGGAGUCAGCUGCUGCAGCUGGAGUCCAAUGACCCGACGAGAUUGCACAGCAUGUCCUCGUGGGCGUGGCACCAUGUCUCCGAUCGCCUGAGCAAGGAUUGGAUCUUUCUUACCACAUGCGCCAUUAUAAUGGCCCUCAUAUCCCUGGCCAUGGACGAAGGCAUACGCUUGUUUGUGGCAGGUUCUGGCAUACCUGAAAUGAAGACCAUUCUGCGUGGCGUUCCACUGAAGAACUAUCUCACAUUUAAGACGCUGGUGGCCAAGGUUUUGGGCCUAACAUUCGUGUUGGGCAGCGGCAUGCCACUGGGCAAGGAGGGUCCCUAUGUGCACAUCGCCAGCAUUGUGGCGCAUCUCCUAAGCAAACUGGCAACGCCAUUUCGCAGCAUCUAUCAGAAUGAGUCGCGCAGCACCGAAAUGCUGGCCGCUGCCUGCGCCUUGGGUCUGGGCACCUGCUUUGCGGCGCCCAUCGGAGCUGUGCUUUUCAGCAUUGAGGUGACAACCACAUACUUUGCGGUGCGCAAUUAUUGGCGUGGUUUCUUUGGCUGUGUGGUGGGCGCUUCGGCGGUGCGACUUUUGGCCGUGUGGUUCCAGGGCGCUGACACAGUUACCGCUGUCUAUCCUACCAAUAUCAGCACAGAGUUUCCUUUCGAUUCGCGGGAGCUUGUCUUCUUCGCCUUGACUGGUGCACUCUGCGGCUUGCUGGGCGCCUCCUUUGUCUGGGUGCAUCGUCAGUAUGUGCUCUUCAUACGCUCCAGCAAGAAAUUGAAUAAGUUUCUGCAAAAGAAUCGCCUCUUAUAUCCCGGCCUGCUGGCCCUGCUGAUAUCCACGCUGACCUUCCCGUUGGGCACCGGCAAGUUUCUGGGCGGUGAUCUCAGCACUGAGGAUCAGUUGAUUGAGCUCUUUAGUAACUUUACCUGGACCGAGAAGGAUAUGAGCGCGGAGCAGGCGAACAUUGUCGCCCACUGGCAAACCAACUACACCAGCAUCUUUGGCAAUCUGAUUAGCUAUACGCUCUUCCAUUACUUCUUCUCCAUCAUUGGCUCCACGAUGGCCGUGCCGCAUGGCAUGUUCAUACCAGCUCUGAAGAUUGGCAGCGGCUUUGGUCGUUUGAUUGGCGAAUUUGUGGCCUGGACUUUUCCGCUGGGCGUGCGUUAUGGCGAGUGCAUGUCACCUAUUAUGCCGGCGGCGUAUGCCAUUGUGGGCGCUGCUGCCUUUGCCGGCUCGGUGACCCAUUCCAUUUCGGUGGCCGUGGUCGUGUUUGAGAUCACGGGACAAAUUGCGUUUGUGGUGCCCGUGCUGGUGGCUGUGCUGGUGGCCAAUGCGGUGGCCUCGCUGCUGCAGCCGUCCAUGUACGAGAGUGUGAUAAUGAUCAAGAAGCUGCCCUAUCUACCCGAUCUGCUCUACACAAACUCCUCGCUGUACAACAAGUAUGUGGCGGACUUUAUGCUGCGCGAUGUCAAGUACAUUUGGCAGGGCAUCUCCUACCAGAGCCUCAAGGAUCUGUUGCGGCAGAACAAGAAGCUACGCUCGCUGCCCUUGGUUGAGAGUCCAGAAAAUAUGAUUCUUCUGGGCUCCGUGCAGCGUCUGGAGUUGGUUAAAUUAAUCGAGGAUCAGGUUGGACGCGAGAAGCGCAUGGAAAUGGCGCAAAGAUGGCGCGAAGAGGAGAUCAAGGAGCAGUCUUCUGUGCGACGCCCGUCACGCUUCGACGUUGUGGCCACCCAGGACAUGCUGAAUCUGCACCAGCUUAACGCUGCGGAAGCCGAGACGCACAAGUCCAUAUUGAAGAAAAGCAAUCAGCAAUCCAGCGACUCGCUAAACAGCGUUCACAGCAAUUCCGAGUCCCCGCUGCGCACGGCUUUUCAGUCCAUUUUCAAGAAAUCCUCGGAUCCGGUGCUCGAUCUCGAAACUGGUUCCAAUGAGCAGCUGCAGCCCGUGGCCAGUCCAUCAAAGCGUGUGCACCUGAUUGGCGAUCGUGUCGUCGACAUGUCACCCGAGGGCAAGAAGCUUUGGGAGCUAGAUCAAUUGGCCAAGCCUAUAGACUUUUACAACUGUGCGGCACGCGUGGAUCCUUCACCCUUUCAGCUGGUGGAACGCACCUCAUUGCUGCGCGUGCACUCCCUGUUCUCCAUGAUGGGCGUUAAUCACGCCUACGUGACAAAUAUUGGUCGCCUUGUGGGCGUGGUAAGCCUUAAGGAGCUUCGCAAAGCCAUUGAGGACAUUAACAAUCAGAGCUUUGAGCCUUCAGCCCGCGAACAUCCGCCAGAUGUGAAGCCCCUGCUCGCAGGCAGCUCCAGUGACGAGGGCGUCAAUAGCACCAUCACCUCUGUAAACUCCAUGUCUGGCGACAUUCGAGCCAAUCUCAUGGAGGCACAAGGAAACGGCGCAGUCAAUCAGGGCGCACACACCAGCGUUUAGCUGAGGAUCACCUGAGAAACAAAAAAGUUUAGCGCUUACCUAAACGAAAACUAUUAUAGCUAGUAAGGAGCAGGACUCAA